AUGAACGAGCAGCGGCCACCACCGCCACCCGUACGUGUCGAUUCAAUCUCAGGUCUUGAAAUGAAGCCUCUUCCUCGUCGACCAGAUGAUGAAUUAAAUAAAAAGAAAAAAACCAAUAGUAAAGAUUGGACAAAAAAAGAUCCAUCAAAAUUAACAAUAUCUCGACCAACAAAUUUUAAUCAUCCUAUUCAUGUAACAUAUAAUUCAUCAACAGGUGAAUUUGAUGGUAUGCCAGAAAUUUGGUCAAGUUUAUUACAAAGUUCAAAAAUAACUAAACAAGAACAAAAACAAAAUCCACAAGCUGUUAUUCAUGCAUUAGAUUUUUACCAACAUGCUACACAAAAAAGAGAAUCAAAAUUUAUGUAUUCAUCUUAUAAGAAUUUAACACCACCUAUAUCUGGUGAUUUAGCUGAUAAAUUUCGACAAACAGUUAUUCUUGUUUCAGAUAAAUCAAUAUCAUCACAUGACCAAAUCUCAAAUCGUCAUGAGAAUGAUCAAUUACCACCACCUAUUGCUGCAAGACCAGAAAAAACUAAAAGCAUUUAUACAAGACCAAUUGAUGAUGAUAAUAGUAAAUCAGUACCAACAAAUGGAGAUAAAUCGAAACGUAAACAAUUAAGUGAUGAAGAAAUCUAUGGAAAAUUACGAUUAAUUGUUUCACAUGGUGAUCCUAAUAGAAAAUAUAAAAGUAAAGAUAAAAUUGGACAAGGUGCUAGUGGAACAGUACUAUUAGCAUAUGAAUUAGCAACAGGAGAAGAAGUUGCCAUCAAACAAAUGAAUUUAGCUAAUCAACCAAAAAAAGAAUUAAUUAUUAAUGAAAUAGCUGUUAUGAAACAUAAUCGACACAUAAAUAUUGUUAAUUAUAAAGAUUCUUAUUUACUUGAUGAAGAACUUUGGGUUGUUAUGGAAUAUCUUCCAGGUGGAUCAUUAACAGAUGUUGUUACUGAAACAAUCAUGGAAGAAGGACAUAUAGCAGCUGUAUGUCGUGAAGUUUUACAAGCUUUGGAAUUUCUUCAUAAAAAUCAUGUUAUUCAUCGAGAUAUUAAAAGUGAUAAUAUUCUAUUAGGAAAUGAAGGCAAUGUCAAAUUAACUGAUUUUGGAUUUUGUGCACAAAUUAAUCAAGAUCAAACGAAACGACAAACUAUGGUUGGAACACCUUAUUGGAUGGCACCAGAAGUCGUCACUCGCAAACAGUAUGGGCCAAAAGUAGAUAUUUGGAGUUUGGGAAUUAUGGCAAUUGAAAUGAUCGAAGGAGAACCACCGUAUCUUAAUGAAAGUCCAUUGAGAGCUCUUUAUUUAAUUGCAACUAAUGGUAAACCGGACAUAGUUGGUCGUGAAAAACUUUCACCAUUAUUUGAAGAUUUUCUUGAUCAAUGUCUUGAAGUAGAUGUUGAUAAACGUGCUACUGCAUCACAACUUCUUCAACAUCCUUUUUUGAAAAUGGCAAAACCAUUAGUAAGUCUAGUACCUUUGAUAAAUGCAGCAAGAGAAAGUAUAAAGCGUAAUGCUUAAAACAUAUCUAUAACCGAGUGUCAGAUACAUCUGUUUGUUUUCCUUUAUCGUACUUCUUACUAUUUAUUCUAUACAUUCUUAUGUUUUGCUAAUUAAUAAUUAUAUCUAUAUUCUAUUAUGGUGCAUUAUAAACAUUUUUUUCUUGCUCGCGAAUGUGUUUUCAAAGAUUUUGUUUUGUUUCAUGAAAUUGUAUACUAAUACUAUUGUUUGUGUUGAUGAAGACUAUUUGUAAGUAAAAUUGAAUAAAAUGAAAAUGAUUUGAUCAAGUUCUAACUUAUUGAGAAUUAUAUCUGAUAUCUUCUGCUUUGGAUUCAUUUAGCAGAAUUGCAUCAACAUAGAUAUACUGAACAAAAAAUAUUUGCAGAUGAAAAUUAUGUUUAUCGGAAAAAAACAUUAAAAGUUAGAGUGAACAAGUUCACUAAUAAACAAAAAGAAUUAUGUUAGUAUCACGAUCGAGAUUCUGAAUUAUUAACAAUGAAAAAUUUGGAUAUUUGUAUUCUUUUUGCAAAUAUUUUUCAAAC